UCCCAUUAUAAACAUUCCCAUCAACUUUAUAAGGAACUAAAAUCUGCAGAAUCCCAACAACAAGCAGCUGCUCAUAUUGCUCUCUUCUGUCUCAGGAAAAUGGAUAACACUGAAGAAUACAGUAAACUGGAGAUGGAAUCUGAACCAAGGAAAUCAUUUCAGAGAGAUCUUCCAUGCAGGAGACUAACUGUGAUCCUUCUAGGAACAGUCUGCAUUAUUAUUUUCAUGGUCUUGACUUCUGUCAUCUAUUCCCAUCAGGAACGAAAGUUCUCAAUGCUGGAGAGCUGGAUGAAAAGCCAUACUUCUGAUCUAACCUCAGUCAAAUCUGAUUUUCAGUACACAGGAGGUGAUCUAGAAAAGAAGGUUUCUGAGCUGCAGAACUUAGUGUUUAGCCUGAGUUCAUAUUUGAACACGUCUGGAUCAAGUAACCCAGAGACCAGAGAAAUGCAAAUAAAGAAGCUGUCUAAUAUUGAGACCCUGAUGAGCGAUCUCGGCUCGUCACUGAGUUCACUUGCAUCCAAACAAGAAGAAAAACUACAAAAGCUUGAGCGUCAGCAGGAUACGUCACACACUGAAGUCAAGAGUUUGAUGGACGGUUUGAGUUCAGAAGUAUCGACUCUUAGGAGUAAACUAACAGAGGACAAUCCAAGGUCUAUUUUACGCACACAACGUUUCUUGGUGGAUAUGUCAAAAACACUGACGGAUCUGAAGGAUUUAAUGUCGGAAGUGAAAUCAUCAGUUCAGUCUCUUAGUUAUAGACUAUCUUUUACCAACUUACUUAUACCAGGAUGUACUGAAUCUGGUUGGAUCCCGUUCAGAAACAGCUGUUACCUGUUCUCGCAUGACUCGAUGACCUGGACCAAAGCUAAAAAUUACUGUGAAGAGAAGGGCGCACUACUCCUAAAAAUAGAAGAUGGCUCUGAGAGGGAGUGGGAAUUUGUUACCAGUACAGCCAAACCACAAGAAUACUGGACUGGUCUAACGGACCAGAACACAGGGCAGUGGAGAUGGGCGGAUGAAACUCCUUACACCAUGAAUAAAAUAGAGUGGAGCCCUGGUCAGCCAGAUGACUGGAAAGACCAUGGCCUGGGAGAGGAAGGAGAGGACUGUGUGCACAUUACAGCAUACGGGCUGCUAAAUGAUGCCCACUGCUCUAUCAAAAUGAACUAUAUAUGUGAAAGGAGAAAACAGGACUGAGUGUGGUCAAAACUGAAAGAAUAUUUUAAAAAGAAUUUGUGUGUGGUGGGGGUGUUAUCUUUGGGUGUAAAUUACUAAUCAAAUGAAUUAUGUGUUUGGUGUAUGACUAAUACAGCCUUUCUCCAGAGAUUCACAAAUCAAAUGUAAGACUUUUUAAAAUUAAUACUGCAUGCCAUUCCAGUACAAACCCAUUAAAUCUUAAAACAAAUAUAUAUUCAACUGCAAAACAGGGCAACUGCAUGUUUAUAUGAUCAAAACUGUUUUUUUUUAUCAAUAUUUACAUUUGCAUUGGAAUUUGUUAUUGAAAUGCUGUUCUCUUAUUAAUGCACAUAAACUACAAGUCAAUUUAAGCUGGAUACAAUCAUGUGUUUUUGAAGAAAAGCAUUUAAAAAAAAAUGAUUGCAUUGUACUAAUAAACUCUACAUUUUGAAUGUGUUAAAUAA